AUGAGCAGCCCGUUCUUUAUGCAAAGCAUUCAGCUCGUGAACUUUAUGUGCCACGACAACUUGCUUGUUGAGUUUAGCAAGAAAGUGACGUGCAUAGUUGGAAGCAACGGAAGCGGGAAGUCGGCUGUUAUGGUUGCGCUUGGGGUUCUUUUUGGCGUCCGCGCGUCUCUAAUGCGGGGCAGCUCGCACAAGCAGUACAUAAAAACAGGAGAGGAGUACGCUGUGAUUCGGGUGCACAUUAAGACGCAGAGCCCAGAAGCAGCAGGCACGUAUAAAGACACGCACAUAGAAAAGAGAAUCUCGCCAGAGUCUUCCAGAAUAAAAAUAACGGUCGAUGGCGAGGUUGUGGGAAGGACGCAGGAAGACCUGAACGCCUUUAUAGAGCAGGAGCGGAUCAACCUGAAGAGUCCCAUAAGCUUCCUGACGCAGGACGAGGCCAAAAAAAUCCUGAAGUCCCACAGCGCGAAGGGGAUGUACUCUUUCUUCAAGGCUGCCACCGAGAUAGAAAGCAUAGAGGACAUCCACGCGCAAAGCCAGAGCACUCUAGAGGAGAUAAAAACCUCCCUGCACGCUGCCCACACGAGAUAUACGGGCAAAAAGAAGACUCUGGAGUCCCUGCGAAGUGCCCUGAAUGCGCAGAAAAGCCUGCAGGCGAUGGGAGAGCAGGUGCGCGCCCUUAGGAUAGAGCACGAGUGGAGCAAGGUCGGGGAAAUAGAAAAGAAGCGAAGCGAGGCCGAAAGAGCGCGCGAGGCCCUGCUGAACUCGUACGCCGACAUGUCGAGGGAGCACCAAAAUCUCCUGGAUCAAGCCGAGAGCAUCUCCAAGCAGGUCCUGGAGGCAGCGAGAAAAAGGGCCGAUGCGCGCGCCCUCAGACACGCCAAAAACGAGAAGGCGAGCGAAGCCAUUGCAAAGAACGAAAAAAGGAAAAAAGAAAUCCAGAGAGAAAUCGAGUACUACGCGUACGAAAUAGAGCAAAAAACGAAAAAACUCGCGAGAAUCCAGCAGAUCCUGGGCGCCCCGAAAAAGGAGCCCGAGGAGGACAUCAACGAGCUGAAGGAGCAGCACAAGGCACGCGCCAUUGCCAGGAAAAGCCUGGAGGUGCAGCAGGCGCAGCUCGACAUAACGAUAAAGAAGGUGCAGGCGGAGGAAGAGAAAGCCCGCCCCCAGAAAGACGCGAACAUGGAGGCAGCCGUCCAGGAAAUAUCGCAGAGAAAGCUCGACGUGCUUGGGCCCUUGCACGCGCACAUAAAAGUCAAGGACGAAAAGUGGGUGCGCGCUAUUGAGGCUCUUCUGGGGAGUGCCCUCUUUGGGUUUAUCGUGCACACAGCGGAAGACCGUGCCGUGCUGGAAAGUGUUUUGGAAAAGCACCGCGUGAGGAGGUACAGGAUAUACCUGACAAAGCCGCAGAAGGACCGAGUUCUCGACCGGAUAUACGAAAAAGCCAGAAGUGUCUCGAACAAAAUCCUGGCAACGGCAAACGUCCCUGGGCUCACAACAGUGAUUUCGCAGGUCGAGGGAAGCCCUCUUUUGGUGGAGACUCUGGUGGUUCUGCUGGGCAUUGAAAGAGUCGGGCUCCUCGAGAGCAGGAGCAAGGCGUACGAAGUCGUGCAGAGAAGGUGCGGGCUCGAGUGCAUCCUCACGCCUUCUGCGGAUCGAAUACAGUGCGUGGGAAGCAGUCUCAGCGACAUGCGGUGUGCAGCUGGGAGAAGGGUUCUUUCCGGGGGGAGCACACUCCCCGAGAGGGGAGAGCAGCUGGCAAAGGAGGCGAGAGAGACGAGGAAGAUGCUCGUCGAGGCGCGGGAGAAGGAGCGGGCACUCGAGAAAAAAAUCGAGGAGAUCGAAGAGAGAAUGCGGAGGAAGGAGAACGACGAAAUGGAGGAAGAAAAAAAAAGCGUCCACGAGGAGAUCCAGAAGAUGCAGGAGCAGCAGGCAUCCGUGCAGGAAACGUGGGCGGAACUCCUGCGGAAUGAGGCCCACCUGCCGCGAGUAGAGCCUGCAGAAGAGGGCGCAGAAGACGCAGGGCACAGGCGAAAGGCAGAGGAGGGAAGAGAUGCCGUGCGGAGAGAUAUCGUCCGAAGCGAAGACGGGAUGAGAAGGUCGAAGGCGGAAAUAGAAAAAAUUGAGGCGGAGUUGGAGGAGAUGCACAGAGCGUGCACAGCCGCAAAGGCACGCGCGGAAGAGUCUGGGCACGUCCUGCGCGUGGACAGGACCCCGCAGGAGGUGAAAAGCGACCUCGAGAAGGCAGAAGCCCGCAUGCGCGCAGCAGAGGAAGUCCACGGAGAAAAGACCAUGCACAGCGAGGAGGAGACUGCGCGGAGUGAGAGGGAAGUGCAGAGUGAAGUUUGCGCGAUUGAGCAGGUCCUGCAGGAGGGCGAGCAGAGAAAGACGGAAAUAGAGAGGGCCACAAAAGAGCGCAUAAAAAAGAGGGAGGAGAUGCUGAAGGCAAUUGCCAGCGCGGGGAGGGAGGAGUUUGCAUCGCUUAUGAGGAUGCGCGAGUACGAGGGAGUUUUGGACUUUGACCAUCUGCAGGAGGAGCUGCACAUCUCCGUAAAAGUCUCUGAGGCUUCUCGCGGGAAUAAGGGCAGCCUCAGCGGGGGAGAAAGAUCGUUUUCUGGCGCGUGCUUUCUCCUUGCGCUGUGGCCUCUCAUUUCGUCGCCCCUCCGAGUCCUCGAUGAAUUCGACGUUUUUAUGGACGGGCUCAACAGGAAGGCAGCAUUCAACCUGGUCUUUGAGGUGGUCCGGAAACUGGAUACGCAGGUUAUUAUAAUAUCCCCUCUGGGCAUGGCCAGCACACCCCCCGACAUCUGCGAAGUCGUGACUUUGAAGGCUCCCGUGCGGUAG